GCUUCCGUAGCGCGUACCGUGACGCAGGCAAGCGAAACGUAACCGUGAGCGAGACGUAACGAGAGAACCGUAAGCGAAAGCGUUUGUUCGACGGACGCCAAAUCCACAGACUAGAUUCGAUAUACGAUAGCGAUAAUCGUUGGCAAGGAUGUCGGAAGCAAAGACGAAGCCCAUGCUGCUGCUUCUGCUGGCCAUUGUCCUGCCGGGCCAGCGGCUGACCUUUGUGGCCGGCGGCUCCUGUCGCGAGGCUCAGCUGUGCUGCAAUGGCCGCGACUCCUCCUGCGUGGUCCAGAAGGCCCCAAUUAAUGCCAUCAUCGAGGAUCUCAGCGACAAGCCCUGCUACUGCGACCAUGCCUGCCUCAAGCUGGGCGACUGCUGCGAUGACUUCAAGGAUCACUGUGGAGUGCUGGACUGCCAGGUGGGCGACUGGGGACCCUGGAGCGAGUGCGACAAGAGCUGCGGCACUGGAAUGAUGACCCGCAAUCGCCAGAUCCUUCAGGCGGCCCAAAAUGGAGGCAAGCACUGCCCCACGCUGCAGCAGAAGCGGGGAUGCCAGGGAUACCGCUGCCAUGGACAUCGUGACAAGAAGAUACUGAGGGAAAUGGCCCUGCUGCUGCCCGCCGCCCUCUCCCACAACCGGCAUGCCAACGACAGCAGCGAUAUCCGGCGGAAUCUGCGCACGCGCUACCGCGACUCCUACAAGCACAACCGCGAUCAUGAAUACUGCGUGGAGUUCGAGGUACUCAAGGCCUCCAAGGCCUGCCACAAGCUGCCGCCCUACAACCUGAUGAUGGAGGGCGAUCGCAUCACCGUGCGCUGUGACCUCGAGGCUCUGAUCCAGGACACCGCCGCUGUUAGCUCCACCACGGCCAGGAUACCGCCGAGCAGCACCAGCUCGGGCCAGGAGGAGGAGCAGCAGGAGCGGGACAACAGCAGCGCCAGCGAUGAAGACAUGACCGGUCACAAUAACGAUGAGGAGCCCGAGGAGGACGAGGACGAGGAGGAUGUGCAGAACACCCUGGACACGGGCAGCAACGAAAGCUACGAGUAUCGUAACCACCAGCAGCAUCAUCAGCAGCAGCAGCAACAGCAGCAACAGCAGCAGCUCCCUGCCUCCCAGUUCCAGUCGCAUCGCCGGCCGCCAGCAGCUGGGGCCAAGCGGAGUGGUGGUGUCCCAGUGACGCCUCCGCCAACGCUGGCGCCCAGCUAUCACUGCCGCGGCGAGGGUCUGGCCGGACGCACGACGCGCUGGAGCGCUCUGGCGGCGCCCUCCUGUCGCGGCAAGUGGCUCCGGCUGACCGUGGGACCGCCGAAGAAGUGCAACCACGCCCAGUUCAUCUUCGUCUAAGGCAGCGCAGCGGCUUGAUACGAACUAUUUUUUUGUCCUCACAGAGCAGAGGUAGCCCCUCCGUCAUCAUAUCAUCGUAUGUCAUAUCCCAGUCCAUGUCCCCCUACCCCCCCCCCCACACACACACACACACACAAGUACUCCAUCGUAUGUAAGCGUUUAAUCAUUAAGCCAGUGGAUUAAGAGCCAGUAUAGCCUGAGAGUGUGAGAGGUAUGUGUUUUUUUUUUUUGUGUCUCGCCAGAGGAGCGAUCCGGAGGAGAGCCCGCUCCUUCUCCGGUGAGCUGUGCCUCUAAGUAGCUUAGGAAACCCCCGCCCCCAGCACCUCAAGCCGGGGUCAUUCUUGAAUCGGAUAAUACUAGAAACUAGAGACUAAGUCAUCAGGACCGCCUAACAUCGGGCUGCGUAGCGAAAGAACCCUUCUAUAUAUAUAUAUACUAUAUAUAUAUGAAUGUGUAUGAGUGUAUCUGUAUCUGUAUUUGUAUCCGUCUAAUCGUUAGUUCAGUCUUCGACCUACACACACACACACAUACACGCACACGUGGAGAGAAGCCCAAGUCCCUCUCAGCAAGUCCCCGAACCGACGAUGGAUCACCCCCUCUGGAGUCGGAAUUAACGUUUGGAUCUUAGCAUUAAUCUGGAUUUUAGGUACACACACACACACACACGAAUGUCGAAAUAAUAAUUAAAAUUAUAAUUAAACCAAUAAAGCGAUCAUUCAAUAAAGAACGAGUAUAAUUUUAAAGUAA